AUAAUAAAGGGACAUUUUUGACACACAAUGCAACCACAAUAUUACUUUAUGUAAUAUUUUCGUCGGUUUAUUCGAGGAGUACGUUUUGCUGAAUCUUUACGCACAGUCGUAAAUUCCUGUAAAUUAAUCGUAGGCCUAUCUCAAGAAAACAUCGUUGUGCAUCAACGCGCCGCCUCGAAACGUACCUUCUGACCCGUCUCUACGAUGAGCAGAUCAGAUAGCCCGCUGUCAGGAAAACUGUUUUUUUGUUGAUGACAUCUUCUGCCGCGCUGGAGCGACCUGCAAUUUACUAGCAUUAGCCUACAUGGACAUUUGAUUUGUCAUCCCAUUUGGAUAUUCACAGCAUUGGAAUAAUGGGGAGGCUGUGGUACUGCCUCUUAGUUUUUUUGUUACCCGUGGUGUUUUGUGUAGAUUUCCGAGAGGGAUCUAGACACUCAUCUCGUCCAACACACUCAUCUUUUUUCGCGAAGAGUUCCCAACUGGAACAGCACCACAUUACAAGAAGAUCACUUGGGCACAAAGUUAAUAAGAGGAGCAUCGAUGAAAGAGAUGACACCUGUAAUGCUCUUCAGGGAUACCAGAGCAAGUUAGCCGACAAUACUCACAACUAUUCUUUCAACGAUCUGAGUGGCUCUGUGUCCCUUGCUUGGGUUGGCGAUGGAACUGGGGUUGUCCUGGCUCUGACAACAUUUCAGGUUCCAUUAUUCAUGCUGAGGUUUGGUCAGUCCAAACUAUACAGAAGUGAGAACUAUGGGAAAUCCUUCCAGGAUGUCACAGACCUCAUCAACAACACCUUCAUUCAAACAGAGUUUGGCAUCGCUAUAGGCCCUGAAAAUUGUGGGAAGGUGAUUCUCACUGGGGAUGUGUCGGGAACUUCAGGGUCAAGGAUUUUCCUUUCGUCAGACUCUGGAAACAGCUUCAGUCAUGUUGACCUGCCCUUCCAUCCCAUGGUGCAGAUCAUGUACAACCCACAUGAUCCCAAUGUUCUAGUUGUCAUGAGCAACAAGCAUGACCUGUGGUUGUCAGAAAACUUUGGUUUAAACUGGAGGAUGAUCCAUUCAACGGUCUGCCUCAUGAAAUGGGGGAUUGACAAGACCCUGUUCUUUACCACAAAUCUCAAUGGAUCUUGCUAUGAACGAGGAAUGCUUGUGCUGAAAAAGACUUCAGAUUACGGAAAAACCAGUAAGACCAUUGCUGAGAAGAUUUACUCUUUUGGAAUUGGUGGGCGCUUCCUGUUUGCUUCUGUCAUGACUGGAAAUUCACAGACCAACAUGCGAAUGAUCUACGUGUCUGUAGACCAAGGAGAGGUGUGGAAUAUGGCCCAGCUUCCUGCUGUGGGCCACGAACAGUUCUACUCCAUUCUGGCGGCAAACAACGACAUGGUCUUCAUGCAUGUGGAUGAACCCGGUGACACGGGCUACGGCACCAUCUAUGUGUCAGAUGACCGUGGCACGGUGUACUCCAAAUCUCUGGAGCGCCACCUGUACACCACCACAGGGGGCGAGACCGACUUCACCAAUGUCACCUCCCUCCGCGGAGUCUUCGUCACCAGCGUUCUGGAUGAGGAUGGGUCUGUGCAAAGUGUCAUGUCCUUUGACCAGGGAGGAGAGUGGGUUCCCAUUCAGAAACCUCUGAACAGUCAGUGUGACUCCACUGCUGCAGACAAGGAGAAGUGCAGUCUACACAUCCAUGCGUCAUACAGCACGUCCAUGAAGCUGAAUGUCCCAAUGCUGCCCCUCUCCGAGCCCAACGCAGUGGGACUCAUCCUGGCUCAUGGCAGUGUGGGCGAUGCCAUUUCCGUGAUGACACCGGAUGUGUACGUGUCGGAUGACGGCGGGUACUCGUGGCAGAAGGCGCUGAAAGGCCCCCACCACUACGCCAUCUUGGACUCGGGGGGUCUGCUGGUGGCGGUUGAGCACAGUAACGAGCCCAUCUCCACCGUCAAGUUCUCUACUGAUGAAGGUCAAUGCUGGCAUGUGUACAACUUCACCACUGACCCAGUUUACUUCACUGGCUUGGCGUCGGAGCCUGGAGCGCGCUCCAUGAAUGUCAGCAUCUGGGGAUACCGGGACUCCUUCCUCAGUCAGUACUGGGUCUCCAUCACCAUCGACUUCAGGGAGCUUCUGACACGGGACUGUCAGGAUAAUGACUAUGUGCAGUGGCUGGCUCACUCUGAUGACAUCAGCGAUCCCAAUGACGGAUGCAUGCUGGGGUACAAGGAGAAGUUCCUGAGGCUACGUAAAGACUCGGUGUGCUGGAAUGGAAGGGACUACACUGUCAACAAAGAGCACACGCCCUGCCCCUGUACUCUGGAUGACUUCCUCUGUGACUUUGGCUACUACCGUGCAGAAAAUAGCUCGGAGUGCGUGGAGCAACCUGACCUCAAAGGCCAUGUACUGGAGUUCUGUCUUCAUGGCAAAAAAGAACAGCUGCAGACCAGUGGCUACCGGAAAAUUCCAGGUGAUAAGUGUGAGGGGGGAAAACAGCCGGAGCGAAGGGAAAUUGACCUGAGCAAGAACUGUGUCAGUAACCUCAUAGACCCCGAGCUGCUGAAGGACAUCCACCCCUCCAGCUCUGCUCCCAUCAUCGCCACUGUUAUUGUCAUUCUGGUGAUCAGCAUUGCAGCCGGAGUUCUCUUUGUGAAGAAAUAUGUCUGUGGAGGAAGGUUCCUGGUACACAGGUACUCUGUCCUGCAACACAAUGCAGAGGUCAAUGGUAUUGAGGGUGUAGACGAGCCAUUGGACACCAGUGUAGCAGCACCUGCCAAGAUUGAGUUCCAUGAUGACUCCGAUGAGGACCUUCUGGAAUGAGGAGAUCUUUGCAGCAGGAAUCUGAGAGACGUUUGGUGUCUCAUCUCAUCACAGUGCAAGGCUCCUCUCUCCUCUUCAAGCACACUGUAAUUUCCUGCAGAUCUAGCCUUCAUCCACCUCCAUCACCCACUUCCUGCUUUGGUGCUGAUGGAUAAGAUGCCUCCAUUUGCACAGCACUCAACAAGACGGUAUCUAUGUGAACCUUGUAGUGACAGGUGUAGUAACUGUAGGCUGCGCAACAGGAGCAUAUUUCAGUGGUAAGCGCUCAGCGUGCAAAGUCUUACCUGUCUUUUCUUUAUGAUCACUUUUUGAACAGCAGUUGUAAAAACAUCAAUUUGGCAUGGGAAGUCGUUUGGUCUGACAAAUUGUUAGCUUCUUUAAAAAUUGGUAGGUACUAUUGCAGAUUCAUAUCUUUUUACAAAAAUGUAUGUUCGGGUACAGAUAAACGAAUUUGUUAAAGGCAGUCUUUCUUUUUACCUUCUUGUCAACCUCAAAAGUAAUUUCUAGGGGUCGUUACAUACAUAUUUACAUUUACUUCCGUGUAAUCCACCAAUAAUAUGGAAAAAUGCUGGAAAUGUAAUAUUUUUUCCUCCUGUGAAUUGAUUUGAAUAUUUUUAGAGAUUUCUUUAUUUUGGUUUAAUAUUUAUUUUGGAUUAACAUCUGGGAACUUCCAACUUCUUACCUAACUACUUACAUAGAAUAAGUGUUUAGACAGCCAUAUUUCUAAUGUAAUAAGCAAUACAGUGCUUAGAUACAGUGUAUCAGCAAAGCAAGCUUACCAAGCUGGAUUUGGUCAGUUAUCGUCAAAAGACAUAACUGGGAAUAAUUUGAUACUGUGUGUGGCUGCACAAGUGUAUGUAAGGCCCCAUAAGGAGAGUAUUUUCAAAGGGUACGGGCUAGAAUUUAGGCACUGGAUUGGGCCUCAUUUUGUAAAAUGCUAUCUUGGAUUCUAUUAGAGAGAAUACAUGUGAAGGAAACAUAUGUAAAGGAAUGUAAUGCAUUGAUAUUUAAUUGAUAGGCUGUGUUUAUAUUCAUAAAGAAGUGUGAAAUCUUUUGUAGAGGGCAUCAUUGUUUUAAAUUCUAACAAAACAUUGUCAUUAACAGCAAUUUUGCACCAUAAUGGUUGAUCAGGCAGCACAAUAGCUAUACAUGUUUGUUAAGUCAGCCAUUUCUCAUAUUUUUUUUUUUUUUUUUCCCCACUUUCUUUCCAUUAACAAAAUGGCAGAAAGUGCAUGUACACAUUUUGAUGUAUCUUUGUAUCUUUGGACGUUCCUUCUACAUUUUGAGAUAUAGUUUAGUACAUCUUGUCCCCCAAUUGAACUAAAUGUUUGAAGUCUUCCUUACAAUUCCUUCCCAUGCCUAGUAAAAAUUUUUCAUUGUUUGAAAUGGAAUCAAACACAUGAAUGGUAAUUUAGGCUAAUGAUUAAUGUAACUUAGAUACUCCCGUAGACAAUUUCCCUGUCAGGUUUUAUUAGUGUAUGUAAAGACCUCCAGUGCAAAAAAAGCUCUGUCUCCACUGCACAGGUUUAUACUGCAGAUCAUAUACAUUUUCCCGACAAGGGAAUGCCCACUGCAAGUAUGUACACACUACUGUCUGGAUGUGUUCAAACAAGUGCCUAACAUGGAGGUAUAGUUUGUGCCUUCAAAAGUGGUGUAAAGCUCAUGUUAAAUAAUUGAUUAUGGGUAUCAGGUCUUCCUGCCCAUCCCUUGUAUUCAGUUUCCAAUGGAACUUAUUUUGUCUUGUUUGUCACACAUACUGUAGAGGGCUUUGCCUUUAAAGCAAAGACCAGUACCUCAUAUGGUCUGCCUCACUGAGUUUCUUUGUAAAUAAUGGCCAACCCAAAGUCAUACGACUACUGCAAUUUUAAACAGUUACCUGAGAACUGGGCUUGGCUUUGUAAACCCAAGAAGCAAUGGUCAUGUCAUCAAAGAUGGCUUCUCGUCUGCCAUUUUGAAAGCAAUAUUGUCUGACUGCCAUUUACCCAAUUUAUAACAGUGGCAGCCUAGAGAUCUGAUAAGACGAUCAUAAGCUAAUCGAGUUGUAGCUCCAUGGUUUCCUAGUGACAAACCGGUUUAUGUCCCCUUAUUUGCACAAUAGGUCCGGUUGAAAUGAUUGCUGUUGGUGUGUUGAGCUAAAGGGUACACAUACAAGAUGAUUCUGAGGUGUGGUGGUUGUCAUGCGGUUUGAAUCAAUGUACAUAGCAUUAAAUGUGACAGCUCUGUAAAUAUCCAGCUGCUCCAACUUUGUAUCAGCUGCUCUUGUUCUGUAUAUUGGAAAGAAUUUGCUUUGGUUGAAGAACAAAAAUAAAUAAUGUGUCCCUUU